AUGAACCGUAAGCGCAUCGGCAAUUCGUAUGGCACCAUUUGCUCGAAGCUAUGUGCGGUCCGGUGGCGUCAUCGGUUUGAAGGCGGGUAUGACCCCGGUGUCACUGCUCAGCAUGCGCUUCUGCUCCGCGGGAUCCGCCGUUUCACCAGCCCCGAAGUU